AUGGGAGAGUCACUAUCUGACACAUCUCCCACGAGGAGGAAGGAAGAAAGCGACGAAGGGAAAGACAAUAGCCGGCGCUGCAGGAAGAUAAGACAGGGACCAGGAGGAUUAAAUGGAAACGUCAAGAAAGUGUGUAAAGACCAAAAAGGUUGA